CUAUCUAUCUCUUUUGAGACGACCGUUCAACGCGUCUUGUCUCUCUGCAGCAACUCCCAUUGGCAGAUUAACCCAAAAAAAAAAACUUUCAAUUCCAAUCCAAAAAACACUCUUCAUCCAUGGAGAAGAUCGUCUCAAACCCCAUAAAGCUUCUUCCUUUACCGAUCUUCAUCAUCAUCAUCAUCAUCUUCCUCCUCUGUUUCCCCUCCCCCGCCACGUCAGCCGACGAAGACGACAUAAGAUGCCUAAAAGGAAUCCAAACCUCACUCACCGACCCUCAGGGCGUCCUCAGAUCAUGGAACUUCGCCAACACCACACUCGGCUUCCUCUGCAACUUCGUCGGCGUCUCCUGCUGGAACAACCAGGAGAACAGAGUCAUCAACCUCGAGCUCCGAGACAUGGGUUUAUCCGGUCGGAUCCCCGACUCUCUCCAGUACUGCGGGAGCCUCCAGAAGCUCGAUCUCUCCGCCAAUCGUCUCUCCGGCAACAUCCCUAAAGAGCUCUGCACUUGGCUACCCUUUCUCGUCUCUCUCGAUCUCUCCAACAACGACUUAAACGGUGAGAUUCCCUCUAGUUUAUCCGAGUGUAGAUUCGUCAACUCUCUUGUCCUCUCUCAGAACCGGUUAACCGGUCAAAUCCCGGUUCAGUUAUCCUCUCUUGCGAGAUUAGCCACCUUCUCCGUCUCCAACAAUGACUUAACAGGUCGCAUCCCUUCUUUCUUUAGCACCUCCUCGUCUAAGUUCUCAUCUGAUGAUUUUAGCGGGAACAAAGGUCUUUGCGGCCGUCCUUUAUCUUCCGCCUGUGGAGGGCUGAGCAAGAAGAAUCUCGCGAUUAUAAUCGCAGCUGGUGUGUUCGGUGCAGCCGCGUCGAUGCUGUUGGCUUUCGGUGUCUGGUGGUAUUAUUAUUAUUACAAUACGAGGAAGAGAAGUAGUUCAAACGAAGAUGGAGCUAGCAACAACAGCAGCUUAGCGCGGAGGCUAAGCAGCCAUAAACUUGUUCAGGUUACUUUGUUUCAGAAACCUUUGGUUAAGGUUAAGCUCGGGGACUUGAUGUACGCGACUAACGGAUUCAGCUCCGAGAACGUGAUCGUCAUGACGAGGACGGGGACUACGUAUAAGGCGGUUCUUCCCGAUGGGUCCGCGCUUGCGGUGAAGCAUUUGAGCGAGUGUGAGCUCGGGGAGAAGGAGUUUAGGUACGAGAUGAAUAGGUUGUGGGAGCUGCGUCACCCUAACUUGGCGCCGCUUCUUGGCUUCUGCGUCGUGGAGGAGGAGAGGCUUCUUGUUUAUAAGUACAUGUCCAACGGUACGCUGAAGAGUUUGAUGGAGGGAGGAGAUGAGUUGGAUUGGUUAACGAGGUUUAGGAUCGGUUUAGGUGCUGCGAGGGGUUUAGCUUGGCUUCACCAUGGAUGUAGGCCUUCGAUACUUCACCAGAACAUUUGUUCGAGUGUGAUUCUUGUUGAUGAAGAUUUCGACGCGAGGAUUGUGGAUUCAGGGCUUGCUAGGCUUAUGGUUCCUUCGGAUAAUAAUGAGAGCAGUUUCGUGACCGGUGACUUGGGUGAGUUUGGGUAUGUAGCUCCAGAGUAUUCCACCACAAUGCUAGCUUCGCUAAAAGGUGACGUGUAUGGACUUGGUGUUGUCCUCUUGGAGCUGGCUACAGGGGUAAAAGCUCUUGGCAAGGAAGGUUUUAAAGGGAGCUUGGUUGAUUGGGUGAAACAGCUUGAAAGCUCCGGGAGACUGGUUGAUGCUAUUGAUGAAGACAUUAAAGGGAAAGGGUGUGAUGAAGAGAUUAUUAAGUUUGUUGAGGUUGCUUGUAACUGUGUGGCUUCAAGGCCUAAAGAGAGAUGGUCUAUGUUUAAGGCGUAUCAGUCACUUAGAGCUAUGGCUGAGAAACAAGGUUACUCGUUUACAGAACAAGAUGAAGACUUCCCUUUGAUUUUCAACACGGAAGAGAAUGAGACUGUUUAAAGUUUAAAAAUUCUUAUCUUGAGGUAUUAUUUUGUGUAUAGCAUCUUGUACUACUUCUUAGAAGAUGAUGCAUCAUUCCCAUAAAGCUUCUAAAAAUGUAUUUGUAGACUUAUGUUAUAUUGUAAAAGAAAACAAAGUGUAUAUGCUAAGUGUCUUCCCUUGUGUCUCUGAAAAAGAUAUUAUGUUUGUUUUGGUGUUUAACAAA